AUGGUUAGGAUGAAUUUCAUCCUCUUUCAUAUUUACAAAGGUUACGUUCAAUUGCCUGAUUUUCCCGAUCCAAUCAUUCUUUCACAGGAGAUCCUUAGAGUUCAAAGAUGCAUCGAAGUUCCCGCCUGUGAUUAUCCAAAUUCAGCAAGCAAUCUUACAUGCGAGACCUUGACUGCCAUGGGACUCCCAAGAUACAUCCAUGAGCAUGUUCUGAGUCAAGUUUGUCCUGACGUUAUGUUCUUACUUGAAAUAUCUGGUUACACCACAUCAGCUUCAGUAAACACAUAUAUGACACAAGUCCACUGGCGAGAAUAUGACCACAGGAAUCCUUAUGUCAUUAAUCUAUUAAUGGGGGUUGGUAUACGCUUGCCAAUUCCUGCGUCAAAAUCAUCCAUUGACGGGUUAACAAGACUUAUGUUUCGUAUUGGGAUUAUUGGGAUUCAGGAUUCUAAAAACUGUACCGUGUGCAUGGAAGAUUUCGAGGAUGGAGAUGAUCUGAUUCAGAUGCCAUGCUCUCAUCUUUAUCACGAGGAUUGCAUUGUUAAAUGGCUCAUGUCCAGCCACCUUUGUCCGCUUUGCCGCCAUCAGAUGCCUACCAUUCAGCUCCACGAGCCUUGCCAAACUUCUACGUCCUAA